CUCUUUUGGUUUGGAAGGGUGUCAAGGACUUUUGUCUUGAGGCUGCAUGAUAAGAUGAUUUAGGUGUCAGAGACGUUUUGUCAAGAUAUAAAUCAUGCAUGCUUGUCUAGCGAGACGAGUGAUACAGAGGACAUACUGCCAAGGACUGUCAGUUGCCAGUUUUAGUUUACCUGGCAGAAAUGACCACGCACGUGAUAUGGGGCAAGGAGGUCAGUCUAGGCCACAUGGAUUUGUUCAAGGGAUUAGUAAAUAUCACAUGUCAUGCAUCAACAACAGCGUGAACACUGACAGAAAACCGAAGAUAGCUCGUGGUCCGUACAGCGAUGUCACAGACGCAGAUAUUAAUUUCUUUGAGAGUCUGAUUCCAGGACGAGUAUUGACAAACCCAAGUGAUGUUGAGCCUUAUAAUGAAGACUGGCUAAAAACUUGCAAAGGUUCAAGCAAGGUUGUACUGAGGCCAAAGUCAACAGAAGAAGUGUCAGCCAUCUUGUCCCAUUGUAAUGAGAGAAAGUUGGCUGUGCAACCCCAGGGAGGAAACACUGGACUUGUUGGAGGGGGUGUCCCAGUGUUUGAUGAGGUCAUAAUUUCCACACAACUAAUGAACAAGAUUAUAUCUGUGGAUGAUGUGUCAGGUGCUGUAGUGUGCCAGUCUGGUUGUGUGCUGGAGACCCUUGACAACCAUGUCGCAGAAUAUGACCUUGUUGUGCCCCUUGACCUUGGAGCUAAGGGAAGCUGCCAAAUUGGCGGCAACAUCUCAACCAACGCAGGAGGCAUCCGACUUCUCCGUUAUGGAUCUUUACAUGGGAGUGUGCUGGGUUUAGAAGCUGUUUUGGCAAAUGGCAAAGUGGUAGACUGUCUAUCAUCACUACGCAAGGAUAACACGGGUUACGACAUCAAGCAGCUGUUCAUCGGCUCAGAGGGAACCCUCGGCUUCAUCACUGCUGCAUCUAUCCUGUGCCCGCAGAGACCUAAAGCUGUCAAUGUGGCGCUGCUGGGCUGCGAAUCCUUCAACUCACUGGUGUCAGUGUUGAAAAUGGUGAAGACCGAAGUCGGCGAGAUUCUGUCGGCCUUUGAGAUGAUGGACCACGCCACGAUGGAGGUUGUGACAGGCAACCUGAACCUGACCUGUCCCAUCAGUAACAACGCCUUCUACGCCCUCAUCGAGACGAGCGGCUCCAACGGCAGCCAUGACCAGGAGAAGCUCAAUGCUGUGCUUGAGAAACUGAUGGACAAAGGACUGACAACUGAUGGGACACUUGCCACAGACAUGACCAAGAUUAGGGCGAUCUGGCAGCUCCGGGAACGUGGUGCCGAGGCCUUGAUGGUGGAUGGAUAUACGUACAAGUAUGACUUCAGUCUGAAACUGUCUGACUUCUACACACUGGUGGAGGACGUCAGAGCGAGGAUUGGAACGAAGGCGACAAGAGUGGUUGGCUAUGGCCACCUUGGUGAUGGAAACCUUCAUCUGAACAUCACAUCUUCAGAAUUCAAAAGAGAAAUUCUGGAUUUGAUAGAGCCAUUUGUGUAUGACUGGGUAUCACAGCAUGGCGGCAGUGUCAGCGCAGAACAUGGCCUCGGCUUGUGGAAACGCAACUACAUCUACCAUACAAAAUCUAGGGCAGCUGUGGACAUCAUGAGGUUGAUGAAGCAGGUGCUUGAUCCAAAUGGUAUCCUCAAUCCUUAUAAAGUUAUCCCAGCAGAAUAACAUCUGACUGUGUACAAGGCACACUGGGCACACUGAUGGGCUUCCGCUGAACAGCUUGGGUCAUGAGGUUCAUGAUUUAGAUGCUUCUCAGAAAUGACCAGUACCAAUUAAUGUUUGUGUGUCCCACGACAAGUCUAAUGCUGAGCCAUAACCAUGAAACACUGCAACGGGGUACCACGUUGCCCAGACACACAAACUGACAGUCAAAAUUUGAAGACUUCUAGGGAUCUAUUAAACUGUUUUUUGUAAACAUCUAUUUACAAUCUUAUAAACUAACAGGCAAAAGAAACAAUACCAAGUCGAAAUCACUGAUAUUACAAAACGACAAACCACCAUUGUGACAAAGGAAAGUGAAUUUUAUAACCGGGUGUAUGGGCAACCUGCAUGCAUCGUUUCUUUGGCCGGUUAGUUUAUUAAAAUGUUAUGGCUGUUAUGAUGCAUUUCAAGUAUUUGUAUUGAUGAAUCGAGCCGUAUGAAUCCAAUCGACUUCAAUUCUUUAUUCAUCAUCACUUAAAUCAAAUAUUCAUUAAUUUUAAACAUUUUCAGGGAUUGGGAAAGGCAGAGGCCAUGGGCCAUUUGCACAUUAGAAUUAAAACAUGGCCCAUUAAAACUUUGAAGUUUACGAUUGAUACAGGGCCAUUGGCCCAUUCUACAUUCAGAAAA